AUGUGUAUGUUUUCAGGAUUAGCCAGUCCGUCCGAUAUUACACUUAAUCCCAACACGGGCACAGUUUACGUCACUGAUCGGGGGGACACUCAACGUGUGGCACAAAUCGAUCCAAUCACAAGAGCUAUUGGUACGGCUGCUGGUGGUAAUGGAGCUGGAAAUGCUGCUAAUCAGUUGAGCACUCCAAAUGGUAUCUUUUUCGAUUCAACAACAAAUAGUCUGGUGAUCGCUAAUACUGCGGCUCACAAUAUUGUUCGUUGGGUUAUAGGAGCCACUACAGGGACAGUUCUUGCUGGUACUACUGGAGUCUCUGGUAAUGCAGCAACACAACUACACAAUCCCACUGGUGUAACAUUCGAUUCCACGGGAAAUAUGUAUGUAGCCGAUAGGGACAAUAAUCGCAUACAAUUUUUUACACCUGGUCAAACGGUUGGCACUACCAUUGCUGGAACUGGAAUAGCUGGCAUUAGUGCCUCCGCAUUUAAUGCAUCCUCUGUCGUUAGACUUGACAAUCAAGGUAAUUUACAACAUACGGAAUUGUGCAAUGAAUGCGAUACAAAUGCCACAUGGUACUGUGUUCAAGAUGAUGCUAAUUUUUGUGAUCAACAUAAUACUUUUGCACAUUCACUUAAGUCACAGAAGUCACACAAAAUUGUUCCUAUUGAUGAAAAAUUCAUUAUCAUCAACAAUGAAACUACUAAACCACAAAAUUGUAAAGCUCAUCACAUGCCACUUUGUUUAUAUUGUUUAUUUUGCAAGGAUGUUUGUUGUGUUGCAUGUCUAUCGGUUGAUAUUCAUAAACAACAUAGUGAUGAAGUAAAAUCAGUUGUAGAUGUUGCAAAUGGAGAAAAAAAUUUAGUAAAUGAAUAUCUCGAGAAAAUUCGAAAAUUAAAAACAACAUUUACGAAUGAAUUCAAUCAAUUACAACAAGCACUUAAAAAUAUUGACAUUAGUGAAUUGAAAAGUAAUCAAGAAAUUGACAAGGAAUUUAAUCGAAUUGCAGAAUGUGUAGAAGCUAGACGAAAAAUAUUAAAAACACAAUUACAACAAAAGUCUCAAACAUCUCGCGAUCAUAUUUAUUCGAAACAAGAAGAUCUUAGCAAUAUCAAUUCAAGUUUAAAUAAAUGUUUAGAAGAAGGAAGACAUAUAUUAACUCUCAAUGAUUUUGCUGCAUUGUCUCAAUCUAAAGCUAUUAUUGAUCAAAUGAAAAAACUUGAAAUUGAAAGUGUUGAAUAUCAUCAUCAAGCUCAUUUGACUGAUUCGAUUCCAUUUCAUAUUUCAAUUCAGAUCCUUCUCGAAAUGAUCAAAACCUCAGGAAUUAUAGGAGAAAUACCUGCACCAUUAUUUGUUCAACAAAAGUGUAAAGUUGGUGGAACUAAUCUUGAAGUUGAAUGGGAACUAAUUGACUAUGAAUCAUCUAUAACUGCUUACAUUUUAGAACUUAAACAAGACAAUAAUAAUUUCAAUGAAGUCUAUCGUGGUUUGGAAACGAAAUAUCAUUUGCAAGAUUUAAAACCGAGCACAUCUUAUGUAUUGCGUUUAUCCACAUGUUAUGACAGAGAAAUUGGAAAUACUACGCUACUAUCAUUGAGAACGUUAGAUGUCGACUUAAACAACUGGAAAUUAUCUAUGUCUCCCUCAUACACGCUAGUAAAUGCUGAAAAUACACGUGAAUCGUUGUUAGAUGGUCAGUUUACAACAGGUGCUGCAACUGCGUUGAUGCGUCGUGGUGAAUGGAUUAAAGCUACAUUUCCAUAUCCUGUUCCGGUAACAAGUGUAACAAUUGCACCAUUGCAUAAAAAUCCAACUAAGUGGAAUCCAGCAAAUGGUAAUGGUGGCACUUUGCAAUAUUCACAUGAUGAUACCAACUGGAUAACCGCUGGAACGAUCGCUUAUGUCGAAAUGCAGCAACAAAAGAUUGAAGUCGGUAGCGUUACAGCUCAAUACUGGCGAUUAUUUCUCGAUUCCUAUCUUGGCACAAGUAGUUUUCUAUUCAAAUAA